AUGAAGCAAUCUAAUUGCAUAGUCACUUGACUUCACAAACACGAGAAGAUGUUCGUAGUUCCCUCCCCUUCCUCGUCCUGCACCUGCUUAAUGAAACACCACCACAAUGCUGUCUGGUUUCACGGUCGCACUCAUGGACGAGUUCCUUACACCGGCAGUGAAACAUGGCGCAUCUCGUGUGCAAAGAGAACCGGUAAACAGAGGUACCCCUCCGAGAAGAAGAGGCUGAGAACAAAGCACAAAGAGCUCUUAUCCGAGUCCAAGGAGAAGGACAAGUUUGAGGGCACGUGGAGGCUCUUCAAGCUCGCCGUUCCACUUGAUCAAGAUCCCGGCAAGGACUCUAUCCAUGUUUCCGAUGCCCUUCUCCAGCAGAUUGCCAAAGUUCUUAAGUUCCCGGUCGCUUCUCUGUUGCCAGCAGAAGCUUUCACCGUCGUUAGGAAGUCUUUUGAUGCUAGAAAGAAAUUAAAAGAGCCCAAAUUUGUACAUACUGUGGAUAUGGAUGUCCAAAAGCUCAUCAGUCUGGAGCCUCGUUGUUGGGACUUUAUUUCACGGCUGGAGCCUAAAAUUGGCCUUGUGGAACGUGUGCAUGAUGAAAGAGAUUUUGCUGAUCUGGAAAGUAUCAUUCGUGACUGUAAAGAAAAUAAAGAAGCUGCUUUGGCAGGGGGAAAUGGACAUAGCAUUUUCUCAACGGAGUUGUGCAAGAACCAGGCUUCUAGGAAGCCAAAAAUUGCGGUAGUGGGUAGUGGGCCUUCUGGCUUAUUUGCAGCUCUUGUUCUUGCUCAGCUAGGAGCAGAUGUUACACUGAUAGAAAGAGGUCAACCAGUAGAGAGAAGAGGGCGUGAUAUUGGCGCUCUUAUAGUUCGUCGAAUUUUAGAAUUGGAAAGUAACUUCUGCUUUGGGGAGGGUGGUGCAGGUACCUGGAGCGAUGGAAAGUUGGUAACCAGAAUUGGACGCAACAGUGGCAGUGUUCUUACAAUUAUGAAAACUCUAGUGCAGUUUGGAGCUCCAAAACAGAUAUUAAUUGAUGGAAAACCUCACCUAGGGACAGAUAGGUUGGUUCCAUUGCUGCGCAACUUUAGGCAACAUCUGCAAGAUUUGGGUGUCACCAUAAAGUUUGGAACAAGAGUGGAUGAUUUAGUUAUAAAAGAUGGACAUGUUCUGGGAGUCGUGGUAUCUGAAUCAGCUGAUAAAUUACGUUCAGCAAGUAAGAAGAUGGAAUAUGAUGCAGUUAUUCUAGCUGUUGGUCAUUCUGCUCGUGAUACAUAUGAAGUACUUCAUGCUAACAAUGUGGAAUUAAUACCAAAAGAUUUUGCCGUAGGGCUACGGAUUGAGCAUCCGCAGGAGCUAAUAAACAGCAUACAGUAUGCUGAAUUGGCUUCCGAGGUAUGCCAUGGACGUGGUAAAAUUCCUGUGGCAGAUUACAAAGUUGCCAAUUAUAUUGACAAGGAGGAUUUCGACGAAGUAUCUGAUUCAGGGGUGGUAAAUCGUAGUUGUUACUCUUUCUGCAUGUGUCCAGGUGGGCAGGUUGUUCUCACCAGUACAAGUCCAUCAGAAAUUUGCAUAAAUGGCAUGUCGUUUUCUCGAAGAGCAUCAAAGUGGGCAAAUGCUGCGCUUGUGGUGACCGUCACAACAAAGGAUUUUGAAGCUUUGAAUUAUGUUGGUCCUCUUGCUGGGAUCAAAUUUCAGAGAGAGUUCGAACAAAGAGCUGCUAUGAUGGGAGGAGGAAAUUUUGUAGUGCCUGUCCAGACAGUUACAGACUUUCUUGAGAACAAGUUGUCAGUAACAUCUGUACCCUCAUCAAGUUAUCGGUUGGGCGUGAAGGCAGCAAACCUCCAUCAGCUAUUUCCCAUGCAUAUAACUGAAGCUUUGAAACAUUCACUUGUAACAUUUGACAAGGAGUUACCAGGAUUUAUCUGCAAUGAGGCUCUCCUUCAUGGUGUAGAGACUAGGACUAGUUCACCCAUCCAAAUUCCACGCGAUAUUGACUCUUAUGAGAGCACUUCAGUAAAAGGACUGUAUCCAGUUGGUGAAGGAGCAGGCUAUGCUGGUGGGAUCAUUAGUGCAGCAGUAGAUGGAAUGCAUGCUGGCUUUGCUGUGGCCAAAAGAUUCAGCUUAUUUCAUGGAGAUGUUGAGUCUGUUCUGGGCAAGGCUCCAAGUGUCGGAGUUGCAAAGUACUAAGAAGAUCUAAUAUCAAGUGAAUUCUACAUUUUUGGUAUAUAGAUAAGCUAUAGAUAAAGGUUCCAUACUAGGCUACAAUGCUGAUUGUUCAAGGUUGCUGUUCUUGACAUAAAUUGAAUAGCAUAACGGAUACUCACUUUCUGCUAAGAUGUUGCAAGGACCUGUGAGCAUUUCACCCGGUGGCUGCAAUUUUGGGGGAAUAAAAAUUUGAUAUAACAUUAUUUAUGUAGCUGCCCAUGAUAUCUAGAAACAUAGAAUGUAGUAUUUAUUAAAUAAAUUCGAGAGUAUUUCACCAUUAA